AUGCAUAAUAUGCUUGCAGUUCAUGUGAAUAUGGUCAACUCUUUGGAAAACAAAUCAACUUUAACUGUUCAUUGCAAAUCUGCAGAUGAUGAUCUAGGAGUUCAUGUUCUACAACCUGGCGAUAACUAUGGUUUUAAGUUUGGUGUUAGCUUUAUUGCAGUUACACAAUUCUUUUGUGGAUUUACCUGGAAUGGUGUACUGCAUUGGUUUGAUAUAUACAUAGACACUAGUUAUAACAGAUCUUAUUGUAGUCAUUGUAACUGGAACAUUUAUGAAUCAGGACCAUGUCGAACUCUAGAACCUAGGAAGAUUGCUUGCUUUCCAUGGAAUAAGAAUAAAUAA